AUGAUGAAUCGCAUAUUCUGCUGCCUCCUGUACGCUGCCAAUGCGUUCCAGACGCCGUCGCCGCGCGCCAAGCGAGUCGUACUGCAUGCCGAGCAAAGGUCCUCGGGCGGUCUCCGCCUACUCGAAUGGCUGCCCUCGCAGAAGGCGUUGGUCAGCGUCGCGAAGUUCGGCUGGCGCACGGCGUGGGGCAUCAUGAUGGCCGAGCUCGCGCCCCAAUCUCCCGAGGGCGCCUACGUGCGGCCGGCGCCUCAGAAGGGAUCGGUGAAUGCGCCUAAACUCGAAGAUCGCGACUACGUCCUCUACGUCGGCAACGCGUGCCCGUGGUGCCACCGGACGACGAUUGUGCGGGCGCUGCGCGAGUGCCAGGCCAUGGUCAAGGUCGUUGUCAUGGACGACGACCCCACCAAAGCGAGGCGGGGCGGCUGGAGUUUUACCGACGCGGCGCCGGACCCGAUCUGGGCCGCCCAGGAUUUGAAGGGCGUCUACGACGAGCUCGGGUUAGAAGGAAGGUGCACGGCGCCGUUGUUGGUGGCGAGCGACGGGACCUUCGUGAGCAACGAGAGCGGCGACAUCGUGCGGGCCCUCAUCGAGUACAAGGGCUCGCGCGCGAACGACGCGGAUUUACGACCGGCGGCGCUCGCGGCCGACAUCGACGCGCUGAACGACGCCAUCUACGAGCGCGUCAACAACGGCGUCUACCGCGCCGGCUUCGCGACGAAACAAGGACCCUACGAGGCCGCGGUGCGCGACGUCUUCGACGAGUUAAAGCGCCUCGACGGCGUCCUGGCGGCGUCGGACUACGUCGCGGGGGGGCGUGUCACCGAAUCAGACAUUCGGCUGCUACCUACGGUAGAAAGGUUCGACGCGUGCUACGCGCCGCUCUUCCUGCGCACGGCGACGUCGAUCAGGCAGGACUUCCCGGCCGUCGCUGCGUGGGCGCAGCGGAUGCGUGCAAUGGCAGGAGUAGCGGAGACCGUCGACGCCCGCGCGGCGGCGCAGUCUUACUACACAUCGCUCUUUCCGCUGAACCCGAGCGGGAUUGUUCCGGUGCCGCCGGGUGGUUCCUCCACCACCGGAGGGGUAGCAGAGGAGACAACAACUGCACCUGCGCCCGCCGAGCGCCUCGCCGCCCGCCUCGCUCGCGUCCCACCGCCUGGCUAA